CCGCCGCGGCCACAGUUGCGCGAGACAACCUGCCCGGAGUACCUUCUUCUUGAUAUCGGCACCAGCAUCCUCCGGAUUUGAAGCUUUUGCCUUUUCGCGAAUUAAUUUUAUAUCAUUCUUUCGUUCUUCAAAGAUAUCGUGUUUCGAUACGUCGUACGAUGUCUUCCGUCGUUAGCGUCUAACUCGACUCAAUUAUUUAACCAGACAUGGAAUUUAGUCAGUCGUUUUUAUACUUGGACGAAUUGACGAUAUCAUCGACAGUUUUAUAUCUUUUUGUUUCUCGCAUUAUUAUAACUCUGUGUUGAUCGGGCGAUGUGUGAAAAGACUUCUACGAUUUUGUGAUAAAGCUAUCUUGUGAUUAGGAUGAUCAGUGAUAUUAAUCUUAAGAGAUUUUAUUAUAAUCGAACCUUCUCUCAGUGAGAAGAUUCGUGGUGCAAGCUGUGUGAAAUUGUUCGAUUCGAUGUCAAUUCGUUAUAAGGAUUAAUCCGUGUCACAAGAUUCGUGAAAAUCUGCCGAGAAAUCGAAGGGGCACUUUGGUGAUGUACGACAGCGCUAGCUGUUCGUACGCAGGUGCGCUCGAAUUAAAAGGAACCGGGAGUGGAGCUGCGGCCGGGGCCGGGGUCGGGGUUGGGUCCGGAUCCGGGAGCGGAACCGGAGUCGGGGCCGGAGCCACGACCGCGGCCGCGGCCGCUGCUUCUGCGGUGGUUGCGGGUGUUACUGCGGCCGGUGUCAAACAAGAAAAUUGGCCGUAUCGCGGGCUCACCUGUGACAGCACCUUUCAACGACUUAAGGAGAGUGUCAAACAGGCUAAACAGGCUCUAGCCGAUCGUGCUGGUUAUCUUCCUGGAGCUUUUUCACCGCCUCCGCGUGCCAACCCGUCCGCCAUUUCGCCGACCGCCUCCAUCACCGAUGCAAGUAGUUCGUACAAAGGAGGCUGGAGUCACGCGACAUCGCCGGCUCCUGGCCAGGGGUACGGAAGCAGCCUAUCAAAGUCGGCGUUGGACACUCACAGCCACCUCAGGCAGCCUGACCCCUACCAAAUGUUUAGCGCGACGAGUAGUCGCUUGGCAAGUUCAGGGUCCGGUCAAAUUCAGCUCUGGCAGUUCCUACUCGAACUUUUAUCCGACUCAAGCAACGCCGCGUGCAUUACGUGGGAAGGAACCAACGGUGAAUUCAAGUUGACCGACCCAGAUGAGGUGGCAAGACGUUGGGGCGAGAGAAAGUCGAAACCGAACAUGAACUACGACAAAUUGUCGAGGGCCUUAAGGUACUACUACGAUAAGAACAUCAUGACGAAGGUCCACGGGAAGAGGUACGCGUACAAGUUCGACUUUCAAGGUCUAGCAGCAGCUACGCAACCAGCUGCGGCUGAUCCCGCGGCAUACAAAUACCAAAGUGAGCUCUUCAUGUCUGGUUAUGGUCAUGCAAAGUUAAACUUGAUGCCACCACCAGCAGCAUCAGUUUCCGUUUCGGUACCAGGUGGUCUUUUCCAAUCAGCAUCCAGUUAUUGGUCGACGACACCAAGUGCGAAUCUUUACGCUGGUCACCACACGGCAUCGGGACACGUGCCGCCACAUCUUGGCACCUACCCCCAUUACGCAUGACCUUCUGCUGAACAUUGGGGCACUCUUGGUACGCCGCGUUAAUGAUACCAUCUAAUCGUAACUGAGAAAAUCUCUUUCGGGACAAAAACGUCUAAUAACUCGGGAAAAAAGCGUCUUGAUACGCACUUAUCACGUCCAAAAUCGAUUAAUGGGACGUGUGUUAAAACAACAUCGUGCACCGUCGCACCCUAUUAAACUAACUCCCUUCAACAAAUCCAUAAAUCACCUUGCUCUCUUUUACCUAUCGAGUUAAUGAUUUUUAUCCACUAUUACGUAUACUACCGUCCACGAGAUAUUUUUUUCAUAUACCUAAUUUAUUCAAAAACUUGAGUAAACUCUCUUCUUUAUUAUAUAAUAUUCGUUUAUUAUAUAAUAUUUAAUAUUUAAAUGAUUAUUAUUAUUAUUUUAUUAUUACAAAAUUAGCAUCUAUCUUUACGUUAACGUGUUAAUGAGUUUGUUUUAAUAAAUGAAAUAACAUUUACAAUUGCAUAUGAUAGAUACAGGAAACAGUUGAUAGCUUAGAAACGGUAGUCUACGCAGUAGUACGAGUCAACGGAGAUUCAUCGCCAAUUAUUUAAAUUCGUACCAAAAUCAAACCCAAAAUCCUUUUCCCUACCGACGUUCCGCGAUUCUUCGAUACAGGAUUAAGAAGCAAAUACGUGAAUUCUUGAGUAUUCGCGUUCUCGUCUUGUGACAAUGAAAACGUGAACAACUCGGGACGAACAAUCCCCGUCGGACAAUUUCGCGAAACUUUCGUGGUCGACGGUGCGCUCGGAUUCUUGUAAGAUCAUUGUAAAUAAAAUAUAUUGCAUUACGCGAACGAUCGAGAAGUUUAUAUGACGAUUCUCUUGAAUCACGAUUUAUCCUUACAUAUUUUUCAGGACAUUUACGAAUAGAUAAUUUUUUUGAUUUUUGUCUCUCUUCUUUUUUUGAUGAUCGAUAGAAACAAAUGAAAGAUAAUUAUUCUGAUAAUAUUGAGAUGUUAUCGAAAUAUUAACGAACGAAUAACGAUGUCAUUUCCGUAAAUUAACACGAUGGAAAGCAAUCAUGUAACGAUAAAUCGUACGAUCGGAGUUGGUCUAUCUAAACGUCGAUUCGUCUAUUGAUAAGGACCCAGCGUGAUUCCAUCAGCGAAAUGUUGAAUUUUGCAGCCCGAUCGAAUCGGUUAUGAUGAGACGUCAGAUAGUUCAAAAAGGAACAUUCAAAAAUACAAAUAUACAAAAAUAAUCCGUUAUGAGUGUCAUAUCAAACAUUUGCAUCUAUUUAUCACACACAAUUUUAAAACGAUAGAUACACGAUUUGAAAAAGCUAAUUCAUAUGUUCCAAAAUAAAUAGCAUGGCACUUUGGAUUGGCAAAAUACGUAACCGAUUGUCGAUUAGGGUUAAAAGCAAUGCGUGUAUUAUAAAUUCUUUUAACUUAUUUGUUAUAUAAUAAUAAUAAUAAUAAUACUAAUAAUAAUAAUAAUAAUAAUAAUAAUUAUAAUAAUAAUAAUAAUAAUAAUAAUUAUAAUUAUAAUUAUAAUUAUAAUAAUAAUAAUAAUGAUAAUGCUAAUGAUAAUGGUAUAGAUAGAGAUGCCUCGUCGUGUCGUUUAACGACAGGUAAUAGCAAAUAUACGCUUCUUGAUACUGUGACAUACAGUGGCAAAGAAGUGUCAGUUCGACCGCGACAAAUUUAAAAAAUUAAUAAUAAUAAUGAUGCUGAAAAGAAAAAAAAUACACCACGCAGCGAGUUAACAUCGAUUCUCUCUCAUCCGAACUUACAAUAUUAUUACAUUAUACGUACAUACGUAUAUACCUAUUACAUACCGAAAUGCAAAGGAAAAAGAAAAAAAGAGAAAGAGAUCCAUGGUUUCUUUACGCGAUAUUUAUUUUCCAUGAUCGAUUAGUAGUCCUUCUAGUCAGACGGACGUGAACGAAUGAACAGAGAGAUAUUCGACACAGAGAGUAAUAAAUAUUUUCUAUGAAACGAUGUUUUUCAAUAAAUAUUCCUUCAAUACGUGUGUGGCUACUCUAUCUAUGCAAACAACAAUCGAGGAUAUAGCUCGGUGAGAGGCCAAGGAUGAUGAUUAUUAGUUAGCCCUCGUCGAAGAACGCCGAACGCCGAAAUUUCGAAAAAAAACAAACUCCCUCUCACCCUUCUUCCCCACCCACGCUCAUCCUAUUCCCUUCCCCUCCCCCAACAAGUCCCCUAUUUUCUUCACUGAAAUCCGAGAUAAUCUUUUAUUGUAUGUUAUAUUAGCCCCGUUUUCGUCCUAAACGAUGUACCUCUGUCAUAGAAGCGUAACUCCCGAAGUCGUAUGCUGUACAAUAUACCAUCCGUAAGAAAAGAAAAAGAAAAAGAAAAAAAGAAGUAAGAAGCAAUUUAUAGAAUUACUUUUAACGAUCAAAAAUGCUGCUCCGUACGAUCCAUAGAAUCGCUUUAUAUGUAUGUAUGUAUGUAUAGGGUGAUAUAAUCGACAAGACGAAAAAAAAAAAGAAAGAAAACAAAUAAGAAAAAAAAAAAAAAAGAGAGAUAAGGUGGCUUCUCGUUUCUCGAUUGGCAAUACUAGAUGCGAUUCCAUGGAAUGUCGGAGAAAUGCUCGUGUAGAUAGGAUGUUUUCAUGUGUAGACACGUAGAAACAUAGACGAAUUAGAUUUAGAUCGCGAGUGAGUGUGGGUGGUGAGUGUGUAUAUGUAUAUGUGUAUGUGUAUGUGUAUGCGAGAGAGAGAGAGAGAGAAAGAGAGAGAAUGAGAGAAUGUAUUAUGUGAGCGUGUAUGUAUGUAUGUAUGUAUGUAGGAAGAAAGAGAGAGAGAAUGUAACGUUGAAAUCGAAUCGGACGAAUGUGAUGUACUUUAAGUGUGCGUGUAUGCGUGUGUGUUAUGUUUGUCUCUCUCCGAGCGUAUCCGCGAGAGUGGGCGUGAUUUUUAAAAAUGGUGGAAAGGCGAUGAUAACGAUGACGACGAUGAUGAUGACGACGAUGACAAUGAUAGAUGCAAGGGCGGCGAGGAUGUCUGGCACUAGCGUAGACCGCGUUAGGUUAGGUAGAUAAGCGACCCCUCUCACGCAGCAAGAAAAGUACAUACACACCAUAUACAUACAUAGGAGAGAGCCUCAAAGGUCAGGAAACAAGCGGCUGCUACGUAUAUACGAUGGCUACGACGACGGUCAGGUGGAGAGGAAUGGAAGAAAAGGAACGCAAAAGAAAAAAAAUAGAGAGAAAAGAGAAAGAGAGAGACAGAGAGAAUGAAAAUGGAACAAGAAGAAGAAGCAACAACAACAACAAAAAAAAAAGAAAGAAAGAAAGAAGUAAAGAAAAGGAAUGCGAGAGAAAGAGGGGGCGCUGUUGUUGUUCUUGUUGUCGUGCGCUUGUAUUAAAGUCGCCAUGUUCUAAUUAAACGUGCCGACGGGGUUGUAUCAGUCGUCGGCAAAAUCAA